AUGGAUUACCAGUCAGGUGGCCGUGGAUGCUUCAAUUGUGGCGAUGCCGCUCAUCAGGUUAAUAUGUUUUGCGCCCUCUACAACUGUGGUGGUCGUGAAUGUACUGCUGCCCCCAAGGAAAAGACUUGCUAUCGAUGCGGCCAGGCCGGACAUAUCUCCCGUGACUGCACAUCUGCCGGCUCCGGAGACAGCUAUGGUAACAGCGGUGGCUAUUCCGGUGGCGGAGGAGCUGCUGGCGGCCAGGAAUGCUACAAAUGUGGCCAAGUCGGACAUAUCGCCCGUAACUGCUCCCAAAGCGGAGGUUACGGAUCCGGUGGUUACGGUGGUGCUACUGGUGGUGGUUACAGCGGUGGCUAUGGCGGUGGUCGCCAGCAGACUUGCUACUCGUGUGGUGGUUACGGGCAUAUGGCUCGCGACUGCACUCAGGGUCAAAAGUGCUACAAUUGCGGUGAAGUUGGCCACGUCUCCCGAGACUGUCCCACCGAAGCUAAGGGUGAGCGAGUUUGUUACAAAUGCAAACAACCCGGCCAUGUCCAAGCAACUUGCCCCAACUAAGCGAGAGAAGGGCGUUUAUUGGGGUCGUGAGGAAGAGAAAUCGAGGAGAAAUUGGAUUUCCUUUUCUUUCGUCUUCUUUUACUUCCAUCCAUCCAAGCGCGCGGGCUUUCUUUUUUGUCCCCCAUGGCCCAUUGUUUGGAAGGAUAACUUGGUCAUGACUCAGAAAUGAGCAAUUUCUUCUUUUUUUGUCUUGUUUCUUUCUUUUGCAUUCUUGUUUUUCCUCAUAUUUUAAAUCACGAGAUUAUGUCUAUUUUCUUCCAUUUUUUAUGCUACUGUCACGCAAAGAAAACAAGUCCCUUUUUUAAACUCCAACAGAACAUCCCCACCAUGCAGGACAUCUUACACACACACAUCCAUACAUGCCAGAACAUGUAUUUUGUUUGUCAAAGCAUUCAAGUAUUGAUAGGGAAGGGAGAAAGGAAACAAGAGAGGAAAACAUUUUCAAGGCACUGAGGAAGGUCUUUUUAUCUUCGUUUCUUUAUAUAUAUUUUCUUUUUCUUUCGUAUGUGUUUCUUUCCUUUUGUAAUGGGAUCUGAAACUGAAAUUGAGAGUGAAAUUGAGAGGAAGAAACGCAAAGCGAAGCAAACACCACUACACUGCGCACACAUGGAUUCCCCGCAAGACCUAAAACAAAGCAACAAAAUUGGAUCAAAAAUGGCUCUAUUGUCUUUUUUUAUGGGAUGUUUUUCAUUUCAGAAAACUGAACCCCUUAUUCUCUCCUUUUCUUUUUAAAGGAUGCAUUUUCAUGCCCCGGUCUUGGCUUUUCGCUUCGUCUUCUUCACGCCGUACAUUUUUGGUUCUAUGGUUUAUCAAACAUGCCCGGGCAUUGUAUUAUUUCAUAUUGCCGCGGAUCUUAUCUUCUUUCUGGGGCUUUCUCGUUUCAAACUGGGUCAAGUGUAAAAUUGUGUCUUAGGGCUCUUCAUAUACUUUGUGAAAAAAAAUACAAAAAAAUUAACAUAUCACUUUUCCUAUCAAU